AUGUUGAGCUGGGUCCAGAAGGUGCUGCCUCAGCCCCCAGGAACCCCUCAGAAGACCAAGGAAGAGGAAAAGGAGGAUGGAGAAGAACUACACCCAGAAUCAGAGCUGGAGCCAAAGGCAAAACCAGAGCCAGAGCCAGAGCCAGAGCCGGAACCUGAGCCUGACACAAUCCCAGAGGAGGCCGUGCUAGAAGAUGAGCCCCUGCCACCCAAGGAGCCAAUGAAAGGAGAGGAAGUAGCUGAGGCUGACCCAAACCUUCAAGAGGUCCAGGAGCCUGCCCCUCCUCACUCUACCACCCUCCAGGACCAGGUUGCCAUAGCUGCCAAGAUGAACAGUCCCAGCACCUGGGUGCUGACCUGGUUCUGGAAGGGCAUGGAGAAGGUGGUGCCACAGCCUACCUGCAGCAAAGGGGACCAGAAUCCAGCUUCUGGAAUGGAAGACCCAGCUCAGGUCGGGGGACAGAUCUCAGGGCCCUGUGGCACUUGGGACACAGAUGGCUCUAAUGAGGUUCCUAGGGUCCAAGACACUAGGCCCAGCCUGUGGCUGCUCAGGUGGCUGGAGGAGAAUCUGGAGAAGGUGCUACCUCAGCCCCCCAAACCCUCUGAGGCCUGGAGAACUGAGCCUGUUAAUGCUGUCUUGGACCCAGAGCCUCCAGGACCUCCUGUGGAGACAGAGCCCACAGAGAAUUCCACCCUGUCCAGUCCUGGCACCUUGGAGCCAGAGGAAGAACCAGUUGCCAAGCCCCAGCCUGGCUUCCAAGCCUCUUCCUUGCCACCACCAGGAGACCCUGGCAGGCUGAUAGCGUGGCUCCUGCGCAGGCUGGAGAUGGCCCUGCCACAGCCGGUGCUCCAUGAAAAAGUCAGGGAGCAGGGGCCUGGCAGCUCUGAGACGUGUGAUGUGCAGACCAUCAACAUUCUUCCCAUGGAGCAAGUGGAGCCUGACCUGGUCCUUGAGGAGGUGGACCCCAACUGGGAGGAUGCCCAGCAAGACGGCAGCACCAACCCACAGAGGACAGAGGCUGCUCCAUUGGAGGAAGAAGAAGAGAGUGAAACCAUAGUGGGGAUGCCCAGGGCGCUGCCCCAGACUGAAGAGGAAAGAGAAGGUGAGGAAGAUGAGGAAGAGGAGCAGGAGGAGCCUGAAAUGAAGCUUGUGUUCCCAGGUCUGCCCUCUGGGUCUCCCCCUGACACCCUGAGCUGGAUGGAAGCGCCAGAUGUUGUGUUCCCAGGUCUGCCCUCUGGGUCUCCCCCUGACACCCUGAGCUGGAUGGAAGCGCCAGAUGUUGUGUUCCCAGGUCUGCCCUCUGGGUCUCCCCCUGACACCCUGAGCUGGAUGGAAGCGCCAGAUGUUGUGUUCCCAGCAUGGGCACCCCUGCCAGCAGAGCCCAGGAGACCCAAUGUCCUGCUGGAUAGCUGUUUGGUGGUGCAGGCCAACGUGGACCAGAGCUGGAUAAGUGGAACGCAGUCCCAGAAAUCAUCACUCCGGGAGCUGCCAGAGGAGGAGGAGGAGGAGGAGGAGGGAGAGGGAGAGGAGGAGGGAGAGGAAGAAGAAAAAGAAGAGGAGGAGGAGGAGGAAGAAGAGGAAGAGGAGGAGGAAGAGGAGGAAGAGAAGAAGGAGACGGAGGAGGAAAAAGAGGCUACCAGCUCAGGAGUGCCAGCCACAAAAGAACACCCAGAGGUGCAGGUGGAAGACACGGAUGCUGACAGCCAUCCCCUUAUCCCAGAGGAGAAGUCCCUUUCACCCGAGCGGUCACCACCUUCACCUGCCAAAUCUGACACCCUCACCGUCCCUGGUUCAGCCGCUGAGGCCCACAGGAAGAAGCUGCCUUCUCAAGAUGAUGAGGCUGAAGAACUCAAGGCACUGUCCCCAGUGGAGUCCCUGGUGGUUGCCUGGUCAGACCCCACCACCCCACAGGAGGCUGAUGGCCAGGACCGUGCAGCCUCCACAGCCAGUCAGAACAGUGCCAUCAUCAAUGACCGGCUCCAGGAGCUGGUGAAGCUGUUCAAGGAGAGGACAGAGAAGGUGAAGGAAAAGCUCAUUGACCCGGAUGUCACCUCCGAUGAGGAGAGUCCCAAGCCCUCACCAGCCAAGAAGGCCCCAGAGCCAGCUGCAGCCCAGAAGUCCACAGAGGCAGAGCCUGCAGAGGAGGAGCACUACUGUGACAUGCUUUGCUGCAAGUUCAAGCGCAGGCCCUGGAGGAUGUACCGGUUUCCCCAGAGCAUUGACCCGCUGACCAACCUCAUGUACAUUCUGUGGCUCUUCUUCGUGGUUCUGGCCUGGAACUGGAACUGCUGGCUGAUUCCCGUGCGCUGGGCCUUCCCCUACCAGAGACCAGACAACAUCUACUUCUGGCUGCUGAUGGAUUACCUGUGUGACUUCAUCUACCUCCUGGACAUCACUGUGUUCCAGAUGCGCCUGCAGUUUGUCAAAGGCGGGGACAUCAUUACCAACAAAAAGGAGAUGCGCAAUAACUACCUAAAGUCUCGCCGGUUCAAGAUGGAUCUGCUUUGCCUCAUGCCCUUGGACUUUCUCUACCUGAAACUCGGUGUGAAUCCCCUCCUUCGCCUGCCCCGCUGUUUGAAGUACAUGGCCUUCUUUGAGUUUAACAACCGCCUGGAAGCUAUCCUUAGCAAAGCCUAUGUUUACAGAGUCAUCAGGACCACUGCCUACCUGCUGUAUAGCUUGCACCUAAACUCCUGUCUUUACUACUGGGCAUCGGCCUUCCAGGGCAUCGGCUCCACUCACUGGGUUUAUGACGGCGUGGGGAACAGUUACAUUCGAUGCUACUACUGGGCCGUGAAGACCCUCAUCACCAUCGGAGGCCUGCCUGACCCCCAGACACUUUUUGAAAUUGUCUUCCAGCUGUUGAACUACUUUACAGGUGUCUUCGCUUUCUCAGUGAUGAUUGGACAGAUGAGAGAUGUGGUGGGGGCCGCCACAGCGGGGCAAACUUACUACCGCAGCUGCAUGGACAGCACUGUGAAGUACAUGAACUUCUACAAGAUCCCCAGGUCUGUGCAGAACCGUGUCAAGACCUGGUACGAGUAUACCUGGCAUUCGCAAGGCAUGUUGGAUGAGUCAGAGCUGAUGGUGCAGCUUCCAGACAAGAUGCGGCUGGACCUGGCCAUCGAUGUGAACUAUGACAUUGUCAGCAAAGUGGCGCUCUUCCAGGGCUGUGAUCGGCAAAUGAUCUUUGACAUGCUCAAGCGGCUUCGUUCAGUCGUUUACCUGCCCAACGACUACGUGUGCAAGAAGGGGGAGAUCGGCCGAGAGAUGUAUAUUAUCCAGGCUGGGCAGGUGCGGGUGCUGGGUGGCCCCGAUGGGAAGACUGUGCUGGUGACUCUCAAAGCUGGAUCGGUGUUUGGAGAGAUAAGCUUGCUGGCUAUCGGGGGCGGGAACCGGCGCACAGCCAACGUGGUGGCCCACGGCUUUACCAACCUCUUCAUUCUGGACAAGAAGGAUUUGAAUGAAAUUUUGGUGCAUUAUCCCGAAUCUCAGAAGUUACUCCGGAAGAAGGCCAGGCGCAUGCUGAGAAAUAACAACAAGCCCAAGGAAGAGAAGAGUGUGCUCAUCCUGCCUCCUCGUGCAGGCACCCCCAAGCUCUUCAAUGCCGCCCUUGCUGCAGCAGGAAAGUUGGGUGCCAGAGGCGGCAAAGGUGGCAAGCUUGCUCACCUCCGAGCUCGCCUCAGGGAACUGGCUGCACUGGAGGCAGCUGCAAGACAGCAGCAGUUGCUGGAACAGGCCAAGAGCGCACAGGAAGCCAGGGGACAGGAGGUCUCAGCUGCUACAGACCCACCAGCACCCCAGGACCCCCCAGCUGCUCCUGGGAAGCCUGAGACAGGUGGAGAGGAAGUGGCUGGGCCCUCCCAGCCCUCUGUGCAAAUCCACAUGAGCCCAGGCCAGGAUCCUGGGGAGCAGAUGCUGACUGUGGAGAUGCCAGAGGAGAAGGACGAGGCAGAGGAGAAGAAAGACAAGGCAGAGGAGAAGAAGGAAGAGGCGGAGUGA